UUAUAAACAUGGAUGGAGAAGACUACAUCGACGAACUUGAUAACGAGGAAGACAACGAAAUGAAGGAAAAUCAAGAGAAUAAUAAGAUUGAAGCAAACUGGACUACCAUUCUCCAUUUCUUAAAAGAAAAACAGAGAGAGCACGAAAUGAGAGAGGCUGAAUGGAUGGUUGAAAGACAGAACCUUAUCAGAGAGAAAAUGACACUUGAAUCUCAAAAUAGAGCACUAGAAAAUUCCAAUAUUGACUGUCUUAGAAGAAUUAAGAUGCUAGAGUAUGCCUUGAGACAAGAGCGGAUCAAAUAUGCAAGAGCAGCUAAUGGACUUGAAGGCAAACUCAACAUUCUGGAAGACCAAAAGGAUAUGUCUAAAGUUGAAAACCUUCCUGAGAGACCUAUUAUCCAAAGAGCACAAGGCCAUCAGUCGAUCUUGGUAAAAUUCCUGGAAGAAAUUGGGUUCGAAGAUGUCUUCAGCACUGCUGAUGUAGCAGACAUAAAAGAUUUAUUUACCAAAGCAACUUCUUCUUUGAGUAAGAACCAGGAAUUGCUAAAAACAGUGAGUAGAAUUGAAGAAGAGGUCAAGAGAAAGAUCUUCCAAGAAGAGAACAAGAAGGAAACUUUAGAAGAACAAUUUAAACAAAUCAGGGGAAGUGACCAUCAGAAAAAUCCUAGUGAUGGAAAAGAUAGCGAGGCUUCGGGAGAAAGAAGCAAUGAUGCUGAGAAUCAAGAAGAAGUCCUAUCAGACGCUAGCUUUGACUCAGUACAAAGGGAUGAUCAAUCUUCUACUAUAAUUGAAGCAGACUAUGCAAACAAAAUGUCUCCUAUUAAUCUUAAGCAUGAGUUCAAUGUGCACCUGGAUAGUGUCAGAGGAGUCCAAUUUGUUGGAUCUCUUGAUUGCAUGGCCAGUGUUUCUGAAGACUGCACAGUCAAGCUCUGGGAUGUGAAGCUAAUGCACAAGAAUAUGGAAGAUGGAUUUGGAGAAGGCAUAGAAUUCAAAGGCGAUCCUUAUUAUACCUUGAGAGGACAUACAGGCCCACUCUUUAGAGUUACUGGAUCAAAGAUCAAUGACCAAAUAAUCUACACUGCAGGUAAUGAAGGAAUAGUCCGAAUUUGGAAAGUCCCAGAUGUCGAAGAUGUCGAUAUAUUCGGGCAAGGUCUCGAUAACAACGACUUCUGCCUCGGAAUACUUAAUGGCCAUAACAGUGAGCCUAUUUGGGACCUCAAGCAUCACCCAACUCUUCCUUUCCUUCUCUCUAUGGGAGCUGAUAACUCACUAUGACUUUGGAGAGCAUUCUCUGAAAUGGAUGAAAACAAGAGAGAUAACUCAGGAGAACUACAAGUUCAUGAAAAUUUAGUACAAAGAUUUCAAUGUAAAACCCCGACUGCAUGUGACUGGUUAUACUCUAACCACUGCUUCUUUAUUGCUGCCAGCGCAGAAGAUUACUUGUCUAUAUUUGAUCAAAACUCUGGACAAAUGGUGGUAGAAAUCAACACUUUAGAUAACUCCAAGCUUCCAUUUAUCGAAAGACAGAUUAACUCAAUAGUUUGCCAUCCAACGACUGAUGUGGCAAUCACAGGUACUGAAAACGGAUCGUGGUCUAUUUAUAAUCUGACAAACUCUAAAUGAAUUAAGCAGAUAGUGAAUGCUCAUAAUGAAGGCAUCAGUUGAGUAGCCCUCUCAGCUAAUAAGCAUCAUUUUUACACUGGUUCUCAUGAUGGAUGGAUCAAAUUCUGGGAUAUGAGAAACUUCAAGUGCUUCGGAGAAGUCCAAGCUCAUGAAAGAAAGUAUGAUGAAGCUGUUAUGAGCAUGAUGGUACAUCCAAACCACCCUGUUCUUGUGACUUGUGGAGCAGAUGCAUCAAUCAAAUGGUUUGAAACUGACCCACAGCAUUUCCCAUCUGCUACAAAGUAAAUUGAGUCAAAAUACUUUCAAAA